ACAUGGUUUCUUCGUAGAUGGGUGAGCACGCGACUCAUUGAAGCAAUUCGUCUCAGCAGUAACUCCUCUGCUAAUAGUGGAACAAGUAUCUACGCAAGAUUCAAAAAUGUUCAAACGCCUGUGUCCAAGUUUUAAAAGGCUACAGGCGCGGACAAAUGUGCACCGAUGGAAUCACACAGCAGCGGUCAAACAAGCCCUGCAAUACAAAGAGGGGGCCACGAUUGGCGGGUACACGGUGCGCCAGGUUGAAGAAGUCAAAGAACUGCACCUCGCUGCUGUUCGGCUUUUGCAUGAAAAAACAGGCGCGGACUUUCUUCACAUCGCUCGUGAAGAUCGCAACAACCACUUUAGUGUGGCGUUUGCAACAUUACCAACAAACAGCACAGGUGUGCCUCACAUCCUUGAGCACCUGACAUUAUGUGGCUCACAGAAGUACCCCUGCCGUGACCCCUUCAUGAAGAUGCACAACCGAUCGUUGGCUACAUUCAUGAAUGCGAUGACAGGUUGUGAUGUGACUUUCUAUCCUUUUUCAACACAAAACAUCAAGGACUAUGAGAACCUUCUGAGAGUUUAUUUAGAUGCUGUGUUUUUCCCACAGCUGACAAAGUUGGAUUUCAUGCAGGAGGGAUGGAGGCUUGAGCAUACUGAUCCCAAGGACAAAUCUUCACCCAUUGUCAUCAAAGGAGUUGUGUACAAUGAAAUGAAAGGAGUCUUUUCCAACUCGAGCAAUGACUUCAACCAGGCCAUUGUUAACAAGCUAUGUCCAAGUGGUGUGUAUGGCCAUGUGAGUGGUGGACACCCGCUUUCAAUCCCUGACCUCACCUGGGAGCAGCUCAAGGAAUUUCAUGACAAGCACUACCACCCAAGCAAUGCCAGAUUCCUAACCUAUGGUGACUUUCCUUUGGAAAAGACACUGUCACUGAUCGAUGAGUUGGCCUUGUCUAAGUUUGAGAAAAUUGAUAGCAGCCAUGUCAUACCUCCUGAGCCAAGGUGGACAGAACCGGUGAGCAGUCCUGCUUUUUAUUUUCAUGGUUGCUGCUCUAUACAGCUGUCCUCUGCAAAAAAAAAAAAAAAAGUAAUACGAGAAAACACAUUGCAGAGAAUGGAAACCAUGACUUGCGUUCCAGACCCAUUGGCUGCAAAUCCUGAAAAGCAGUCAACAGUCGCAGUAACAUAUGCAAUGAAUGAUAUCACAGAUACACAGGAAUCAUUUGCCAUGUCAAUACUAAGCCACCUUCUUGUGAAUGGACCUAACUCGCCAUUUUACAAGAACUUACUUCAAGCUGGAAUUGGAGCUGACUACACGCCAUCACUUGGGUAUGAUGCCAACUUGAAAGAGGCAUUUUUCUCAGUUGGCUUGCACAGUGUGAGUAAGGCUGACAUGAGCAAGGUGACUGACAUUAUCAAUCAGACAUUUGAUGAAGUUAUAAGCACUGGAUUCUCUCAGGAACGCAUUGAUGCUGCCCUUCACUCUGUAGAGCUGAGUUUGAAGCAUCAGACAUCCAACUUUGGCUUGCUCCUGAAUUAUGCAACAGUUGGCAUAUGGAACCAUGGGGGUGACCCUAUCAGAUCACUCAAGGUGAAUGAACACAUUUCUUGGCUGCGAGAGCAACUGGCAAGCAAUUCACGCUUCUUCCAGGAGAAAGUGCAGCAAUAUUUUAAGGAGAACAAGCACUGUUUGACGCUAGUCAUGAAUCCCGAUGAUCAUCAUGAAGAAAAAAUUCGCACCUUGGAACAAAAGAACAUUGACAGGAAGCUGGGAGAACUGGACAGUGCAAGCAGAGCCUCAAUUUAUGACAAUGGCCUGAAGUUGCUGCAGCACCAGUCCAAGAAGGAGGAUGAAAGCUGCCUGCCUCACCUUCUCCUCGGGGAUGUUGCUCCUACUAUUGAGAUGACCAAGCUCAACCACAUCAAUAUUGGUGGGGUAAACGUGCAGACCACAGAGCAGGCCACCAAUGGAGUAACCUAUUUUCGGGCUGUCCUCAAUGCCUCUCACUUGCCUCCUAAAUUGAAGCGCAUGGUUCCACUCCUGUGUGAAGUUCUCACAAAAAUGGGCACACAGGACAAGGACUACCGCCAGUUCUUGCAGGAAGUUGAACUGAAGACAGGCGGCCUCCAUACUUCUGUGCAUAUUUCGCCUCACCCAUCUGAGCAUGGUCGCUUUGAGCAGGGUGUGCUGCUGUCAUCACACUGUCUGGAAAAGAACACAGAAGCAAUGUUCUCCCUCUGGAAAGAGCUCAUCCUUCGGUUGAAACUGGAAGACGAUGAGCGCUUGAUGCAGCUUGUCCAGAUGUGUGCAGCUGGUUUGGCUCAAACACUGGCCGACUCUGGCCACCAUUAUGCCAUGGCACAAGCUGAGAGCUACUUGAAUGCCUGUGCCCAACUCCAGGAAGAGUUUACGGGCAUUUCUCAUAUAACACAGAUGAAAACUUUAGCUGAAGCAUCGAGCCUUAAGUAUUUGUUGCCUCAGUUGAGAGCCCUAGCAGAUGCUCUGCUCAAGAAGGAUUCUAUCAGGUGCUCGCUGAAUGCCAGUUCAACCGGUCUCUCAGCUGCUGAGAACAGUCUUGAUGGUCUUCUUUCAUCCAUUCCUGGUGCAUGCACUACCAACUGUCCAGACUAUAUUGCGGAUGCUGACUUCUAUGCCAAGGAACGCAAGAUCCACUUGGUGUUCCCAUUUGGUGUCAACUUCUGUGCAAAGAGCUUCAAUGCAGUGCCAUAUGGUCACCCUGAUUACUCUAGUCUUCAAAUUGCAUCUCAGUUAUUGUCAUUCAAGUAUCUUCUGCGGGAAGUGAGGGAAAAAGGUGGCGCUUAUGGAGUGGGUGCUGUUGUGCGACCUGGUGGAUGCCUCAGCUUUUACUCGUACAGGGACCCAAACAUGGAGAAAACAUUGGAUGUAUUUUGUGACUCGGUAGCAUGGCUCACAAAAGGAGAGUUUACAGAAGAAGACCUUGCAGAAUCUAAGCUGUCCUGCUUUGCAAAGGUUGACAAGCCAAUCACUCCAGGUGACCGUGGGGCCGCAGCAUUCCUGCAUGGAGUGACAGAUGAGAUGAGGCAAGAGCACCGGCAGAGGAUAUUUGCCUGCAGCAAAGAUGACAUCAUCUCGGCAGUCAAGACGUGUGCGGGUGAAAGUGGCUGCACAUCGAGUGUCGCUGUCAUCGGCCCUGAAAAUAGGUUCACAGAGACCGGGAAACACUGGCUUGUCCACAGAGACAGCAGUAAGAAGCCUGGAGAAGACGUGCAAGAGGGCAAGGAAGCAGGGCAACUAACCGAAGAGUCUGCCGCCUGCUCACCAAGAGGCGCUUCAUUUUCAAGAAACGACAGUAGCAGCAGUGAUAGCGACAGUGAUAGUGGCUCCAGCGAGAGCGAUAGCGAUGAGGACACUGAAAGAUUCCUGCUAAGGGUUAAUGGCCUCCCUAGAGAUGUUACGCCAGCGUUAGUUGCCAAGCGCUUAAAGAGAGCAGGCAUCAAUGUGUCUAAGGGCGCCCAGGGCGUCCUCUUGUUGACCAGCGACAACCUACCAUCCGGCAGCGCAUUCGUUCAGGUGACAUCAAAAGAGGACCAAGAGAGGGCCGUCAACUAUGCGUGGGGCAGCGCCGAGCUAUCGAGUCGGGCCAUUAAGGUCAUCCGGGCGGAAGCGGACGACGUCCGGCGUUAUGUAAUGACAAGACCACCCGCGCCGAGCGCGCUUAAGGACAUAGUUUCCAGUCGUGUCGUGCAUGUCCGCAACCUUGCAUCGGACGCAACGGAAGAGCAACUUAAGGGGUUCUUGUCCCAUUGCAAUGUGACGCGAAUAGAGCGUGAACGGUUCCACUCAAACAAGGCUCAGAGAUCAGCGUUCGUCCGGUUCGCGACCACGGAAGAUGCCCAAAGAGCUCUGGCUAUGACCGGCAAAACGCUGAAAGGGAGGAAGCUAGAGCUGCGGCUCGUCUCGGAAGAUUACGCUGACAGGCUACUCAAGGGAGAUCUCCUGAGCUUAGCAUUGUAUGCGGACAACAUGAGUUCACGAAUGCGUGCUCUCAGGUCGUCGACUACCAGGCGAGAAAAGGCCAAAGCGUCCGGCGAACGGCGGAUCUCGGGCGAGGUGGUGAAGGAGCACAACUUGGAAGAAGUCCUGCAGUCAUCGGAGGGACAACACAAAGUGGUCGCCGAAGGCCUUCCCUUUAGCGUCGCUCAGAUCAGCAACUUUCUUUGGCCUUUGAAGCCGACCAUGGUGGUUCGCGUCCGACGCGCCGACGGCGCACUGUCGGGGAAAACGGUGCUGUCGUUCGCUAGUCUUGCUGACGCCCAAGAAGCCGCCAAGAAGAACGGUCACGUGAUAUUUGGCCGCAUUGUGAAGAUGACACUUGCUUCUGGCGUGCCCAGCGGCCGCGACGGCGGUGAGACAGCCAAAAUGGCGGCGUCUUCGUCUUAGGCAGUGCCAUGAAGCAGGUUUAGAUCCGUGUAGUUGGUUCUAGCUGUUGUAUUUAGUAUAGAAGGUAUGCACCGAGCUCAAUCCGCGAGGCGGCGACAGCGUCGCCGGGGCAGCCGCGCCUAUAGUUCCUAGAUUUUAAAGAUAUCUAGGGACUUUAGCCGCGCCAUGUUUACGGUCGCAGAGCGUCGGAAAAAUCGGAACUACACGCAAGAUGGCAGCCGUGACACCACCUUAGCCAGUAGCUGACAUAAGCACAGACGUUUCAGUGUUUCGUGCGGAGUGCUGUUAAUUGUUUAUUGAACAGAGGUCUACGCAUAGUGUUUGCAUAUCCGGAAAGACUACGCGCCGUGGCCGUGCGUUCACUGAGCUUCAGUGUCAUGGUGAACUGUGCUGUUUUUGGCUGCAGCAACCGCAUAAUUAAAGCCCGGCGAUAGGAGUGUUGCCCAGAUAGGACCCUUCUCGAUACCUGGUUACUAUCUUCUUCACUACAGCCUCAGUGUAAAAGGUCACGGCAGCUAUGUGCGAGCAUGACUCUGCAAGGCCUGCCUUGCAGGUGCAGUGUGCAGUCGAGCACCUCGCCCUCUUCUUUUACGAGAAGUCAUGGUGUGAGUGGCUUUUCAUUGAAUGAUUGUGACUGACGAACUUGGGAGGGCAAAAAAAAAAAAAAAAUGUUUUGGCAACACCAGCACAAUUGACGGAACACAAAAAUUACGAAGGCUGUGAAAUCGCAUUGAUAAAGUGGAAGCUUGGGCGAGUUGGUGAUUCAAUAUCGACGUGUCUGCACAGCGUAAAAGACGAGGACAGCGCCUGUGUUGAAUGAAGGCUAUCAUGUUACGCGAGCACUUCGACGCGUGGCUGCCGCACCCAGCCGCAUCGUCACAUAAUUGUGGCCUUCCAUUGACUUGUAGGCUUUCAAUUGCACGCUGAUCACGAAGCUCGUAGCAUUCACAAGGGAAUUCUUGAUUUCUGCAAGAUCCAUGCCAGGCAGUAGCCCGACAUCGCGCCCAAGCUCAUCAUCUUUGAGUUCGAGUGGGUCGACACAAUCCCACAAGCACACUUUGUUUUUAUAGCGUGCUUUUUCUGGUUCACUCAACCUACGCACGCACGCUCUUAAGCGCAUCGUUGGACGUACCACUCGAUAGCCAAGUCAGAAAAACACUUUGAAAAGGAAGUUGGGCGGUUCGUGCGUAUUGGUAGCUGCUUGGUGACGCAGGCCUGCUCGCGUAGGCAGCAUGAACUCGCGAGCGAAGUUACGGCUGACGCCGUUAGCGCUCCUAGCGGAUGACGUCAUGUGCAUACCCCCUGUAGGAUCGCCACUUUCUAGUUAUCGCGUUUUAUGAUUGAGCACGUGCAGCAUGAAGCAGAUCUACGGGGAAUGUGCAUUCCACGUGAUCAUGUUAUACAAAUACGCCAUUUACGGCAGAGAUCGAUCGCCUCGGACUGUAUGUCAUCUCCAAACGAAUAGUAGACGUCCCGGACAUUGUGUGAUAAUAGCUCCGCCGUCUAUGUUUAGCUUGUACGCGCGCUUGAUGAUGAAGCGGGCCCAUGCAAGCGCCGGAGUUGGAUCGCACGGUGUGAGCAUUGCGAGCCAGGGCUUGUUAUAUGGCUACGACACAACGCACGGCUACUGUUAUAUAUGUUGUGCAAAAAUGUGUCGCGAACGUUUCAUUAGUGUCCAUUCAUUAUAACUAUUUUAAGGCGCCAAAGAACACAGCGCACAAGAGAGGCGCUGACUGAACGUAUAUAUGUACGUGUCUUCUGUAAAAAUAAAGCAGUUGUGAGUAAAAAAAAUUAAAAAGGCACUUUGUCCUCUCUUGUGUGCUAUGUGUUGUUCUAUAGUGCUUUAAAAUAGUUAUAAUUAAUCGAUACCAACUUGCCCAACAAGAAGUUCUGUGUUAAGUUUCAUUAGUGCUAUCAGAACUGGAGUUGGACUGUAGGCUGUGGUCUGGUGAUCUGUCGUGUUUGUGGUGUGUCAGCUACAUAAAAUUUUAUACGUUGUAUAGUUUGUGUAAAUAAAUCCUCUCUCGAGAA